CCGCUCGGUCCGCUAACGGUCGCCCGCGAUGCCGUUGGAGUUUGAAUUAUGCCCGGGCCGGCUGAUCGGCGGCGACCAGCCCUGCUUUAUCAUCGCCGAGAUUGGGCAGAACCACCAGGGAGACCUGGAGACCGCCAAGCGGAUGAUUCGCGUGGCCAAGGAGUGCGGCGCAGACUGCGCUAAGUUCCAGAAAAGCGAACUGGAGCACAAGUUCAACAAGAGAGCCCUGGCGAGGCCCUACACUUCGAAACACUCCUGGGGGAAGACUUACGGAGACCAUAAGCGCCACCUGGAGUUCAGCCACGACCAGUACAAGGAGUUGCAGCGCUAUGCCAAGGAGAUCGGCAUUUUUUUCACAGCCUCCGGCAUGGACGAAAUGGCUGUGGAAUUUCUGCACGAACUGGAUGUUCCAUUUUUUAAAGUAGGAUCAGGAGACACAAACAAUUUUCCCUAUUUGGAAAAGGCAGCAAAAAAAGGUCGCCCGAUGGUGAUUUCUAGCGGGAUGCAGUCGAUGAACACAAUGAAGCAAGUGUACCAGCUGGUGAAGCCCCUCAACCCAAACUUCUGUUUCCUUCAGUGCACCAGUGCGUACCCUCUUCAGCCCGAAGACGUCAACCUUCGGGUCAUAGCGGCAUAUAGAUCUGCGUUCCCAGAUAUUCCGAUUGGCUAUUCCGGUCACGAGACCGGGGUGGCCAUUUCUGUUGCAGCAGUUGCUAUGGGGGCCAAAGUAUUGGAACGCCACAUCACACUGGACAAGACCUGGAAAGGGAGCGACCACCAGGCAUCCCUGGAGCCAGGCGAGCUGGCGGAACUGGUGAAAAGUAUCCGGAUGGUGGAGAAAGCCAUGGGGUCUCCCAUCAAGCGGCUCUUGCCCUGUGAAGUGGCAUGUAACGAAAAGUUGGGAAAGUCGGUUGUCGCCAAAGUGAGGAUCCCCGAAGGCACCACGCUGACCCUGGACAUGCUGGCGGUCAAGGUGGGGGAGCCCAAAGGCUAUCCUCCAGAAGACAUCUUCAGCUUGGAGGGCAAGAAGGUCAAGAUCAACAUUGAGGAAGAUGAAACAGUCACCGAGGAGGCAAUUGAAAAUCACGUAAAAAAAGUGAAAUGUUAA